GAUCUCUUAUCCUUUGGACGAUUCUCUUCAAUCGGAUUUAUAAGAAUCAACCCCAUUUUGUUCUUCUUCCACUUUACUUCUUUUUUCCUCAUUACACAGUCUUAGUCACAUCGGUGAAAAUAUCAAUUAAUAUUCCCCAGAAAGUUGCCAAGAUUUACAAGUAGUAGUACUUGAUAUAUCUUAAGCCCACUGUUCUGUUUUAGCGAGGAAAAUGUUACCGGCGAAGCCGACCCUGUUCUUGAUAUGUGUGUGAAGUUUGUCUUUUAUCCAAAUUAAGCUUUUUUCUUCUUUUAUUUUAUUCCAUUAUAAAAUAUACAAAUCGCCCAUACUCCGAGACAUGGGCAUACGUAUUCGGGGUGGUCCCAUUCAUCGUCGUCGUCUGUGUUAGGGAGCACAAAUAAUAGAGAGGCGUAGCACAAGAGAGAAGGUGGUGAUCGAGGCCAAGAUUUAGAAUUUAACUAUAACAAAAAGCCUCUGACGAGUGUGACUAGUCACAAGAUCUGAUCAUGGCUUCUUGAAACUUCUUCUUCUUCUUUCUUCUCUUUAAAGGUACCUACUUUCCUUUUCCCAAAGUUUCCUCCUUUUUUUUCUUUUUUUAACUAUAUAUAUUGAAGCUUGCUUCGAUUGAUUUCUGCUGGGAGCUUACCAGCUAGCUACUGGUCUCACUCUUCUUACUGAAAUUGAUUCUAACUUUGAAGUUAAUUUCUUAAAGCUAUCCUCUGUUGUCAUCAAUACCCUCUUGUUUUCUGCGAUAUAAAGGUUUUGUAGGUCUCUUUCGAUCUGGCUUGAUGUGUGUUUGUUUUACUCAACUUUUUAUAGUGUGUGAUCAUUUAUGAGAAGAAGCAUCCAAUUAAUUAAUCUCAUCCUUUUAUCGCUUUUAACUCCUACGAUUGCUUUCCCUGUGGGGACUUUAUUGUUCCUUUUGAAAGGAAAAAAAUGUCAGGCUCUAGGCCGACUCAGUCCUCUGAGGGCUCAAGGCGAUCAAGGCACAGCGCUAGGAUCAUUGCGCAGACCACUGUAGAUGCGAAACUCCAUGCUGAUUUUGAGGAGUCAGGCAGCUCCUUUGAUUACUCAACCUCAGUGCGUGUCACUGGCCCGGUUGUGGAGAAUCAGCCACCAAGGUCUGACAAAGUUACCACGACUUAUCUUCAUCAUAUACAGAAGGGAAAGCUGAUUCAGCCCUUCGGUUGUUUACUUGCCUUGGAUGAGAAGACCUUCAAAGUUAUUGCAUACAGCGAGAAUGCAUCUGAGCUGUUGACAAUGGCCAGUCAUGCAGUUCCUAGUGUUGGCGAACACCCUGUUCUAGGCAUUGGGACAGAUAUAAGGAGUCUUUUCACUGCUCCUAGUGCGUCUGCAUUGCAGAAAGCCCUUGGAUUUGGAGAUGUCUCUCUUUUGAAUCCCAUUCUUGUGCACUGCAGGACUUCUGCAAAGCCCUUUUAUGCGAUUAUCCACAGGGUUACAGGGAGCAUCAUCAUCGACUUUGAACCCGUGAAGCCUUAUGAAGUCCCCAUGACAGCUGCUGGUGCCUUACAAUCAUACAAGCUCGCUGCCAAAGCAAUCACUAGGCUGCAAUCUUUACCCAGCGGGAGUAUGGAAAGGCUUUGUGAUACAAUGGUUCAAGAGGUUUUUGAACUCACGGGGUAUGACAGGGUGAUGGCUUAUAAGUUUCAUGAAGAUGAUCACGGUGAGGUUGUCUCCGAGGUUACAAAACCUGGGCUGGAGCCUUAUCUUGGGCUGCAUUAUCCUGCCACCGACAUCCCUCAAGCAGCCCGUUUUCUGUUUAUGAAGAACAAGGUCCGGAUGAUAGUUGAUUGCAAUGCAAAACAUGCUAGGGUGCUUCAAGAUGAAAAGCUUUCCUUUGACCUUACCUUGUGUGGCUCCACCCUUAGAGCACCGCACAGCUGCCAUUUGCAGUACAUGGCCAACAUGGAUUCAAUUGCAUCUCUGGUUAUGGCGGUUGUAGUUAACGAGGAAGAUGGAGAAGGGGAUGCUCCUGAUGCUACUACACAGCCUCAAAAGAGAAAGAGACUAUGGGGUUUAGUGGUUUGUCACAAUACGACUCCGAGGUUUGUUCCAUUUCCUCUCAGGUAUGCCUGUGAGUUUCUAGCUCAAGUGUUUGCCAUACACGUCAAUAAGGAGGUGGAACUCGAUAACCAGAUGGUGGAGAAGAACAUUUUGCGCACGCAGACACUCUUGUGCGAUAUGCUGAUGCGUGAUGCUCCACUGGGUAUUGUGUCGCAAAGCCCCAACAUAAUGGACCUUGUGAAAUGUGAUGGAGCAGCUCUCUUGUAUAAAGACAAGAUAUGGAAACUGGGAACAACUCCAAGUGAGUUCCACCUGCAGGAGAUAGCUUCAUGGUUGUGUGAAUACCACAUGGAUUCAACGGGUUUGAGCACUGAUAGUUUGCAUGACGCCGGGUUUCCUAGGGCUCUAUCUCUCGGGGAUUCGGUAUGUGGGAUGGCAGCUGUGAGGAUAUCAUCGAAAGACAUGAUUUUCUGGUUCCGUUCUCAUACCGCUGGUGAAGUGAGAUGGGGAGGUGCGAAGCAUGAUCCAGAUGAUAGGGAUGAUGCAAGGAGAAUGCACCCAAGGUCAUCGUUCAAGGCUUUCCUUGAAGUGGUCAAGACAAGGAGUUUACCUUGGAAGGACUAUGAGAUGGAUGCCAUACACUCCUUGCAACUUAUUUUGAGGAAUGCUUUCAAGGAUAGUGAAACUACUGAUGUGAAUACAAAGGUCAUUUACUCGAAGCUAAAUGAUCUCAAAAUUGAUGGUAUACAAGAACUAGAAGCUGUGACCAGUGAGAUGGUUCGUUUAAUUGAGACUGCUACGGUGCCAAUAUUGGCGGUUGAUUCUGAUGGACUGGUUAAUGGUUGGAACACGAAAAUUGCUGAGCUGACUGGUCUUUCGGUUGAUGAAGCAAUCGGGAAGCAUUUCCUCACACUUGUUGAAGAUUCUUCAGUGGAAAUCGUUAAAAGGAUGCUAGAGAACGCAUUAGAAGGAACUGAGGAGCAGAAUGUCCAGUUUGAGAUCAAGACACAUCUGUCCAGGGCUGAUGCUGGGCCAAUAAGUUUAGUUGUAAAUGCAUGCGCAAGUAGAGAUCUCCAUGAAAACGUGGUUGGGGUGUGUUUUGUAGCCCAUGAUCUUACUGGCCAGAAGACUGUGAUGGACAAGUUUACGCGGAUUGAAGGUGAUUACAAGGCAAUCAUCCAAAAUCCAAACCCGCUGAUCCCGCCAAUAUUUGGUACCGAUGAGUUUGGAUGGUGCACAGAGUGGAAUCCAGCAAUGUCAAAGUUAACCGGUUUGAAGCGAGAGGAAGUGAUUGACAAAAUGCUCUUAGGAGAAGUAUUUGGGACGCAGAAGUCAUGUUGUCGUCUAAAGAAUCAAGAAGCCUUUGUAAACCUUGGGAUUGUGCUGAACAAUGCUGUGACCAGUCAAGAUCCAGAGAAAGUAUCGUUUGCUUUCUUUACAAGAGGUGGCAAGUAUGUGGAGUGUCUGUUGUGUGUGAGUAAGAAACUGGACAGGGAAGGUGUAGUGACAGGUGUCUUCUGUUUCCUGCAACUUGCCAGCCAUGAGCUGCAGCAAGCGCUCCAUGUUCAACGUUUAGCUGAGCGAACCGCAGUGAAGAGACUAAAGGCUCUAGCAUACAUAAAAAGACAGAUCAGGAAUCCGCUAUCUGGGAUCAUGUUUACAAGGAAAAUGAUAGAGGGUACUGAAUUAGGACCAGAGCAAAGACGGAUUUUGCAAACUAGCGCGUUAUGUCAGAAGCAACUAAGCAAGAUCCUCGAUGAUUCGGAUCUUGAAAGCAUCAUUGAAGGAUGCUUGGAUUUGGAAAUGAAAGAAUUCACCUUAAAUGAAGUGUUGACUGCUUCCACAAGUCAAGUAAUGAUGAAGAGUAACGGAAAGAGUGUUCGGAUAACAAAUGAGACCGGAGAAGAAGUAAUGUCUGACACUUUGUAUGGAGACAGUAUUAGGCUUCAACAAGUCUUGGCAGAUUUCAUGCUGAUGGCUGUAAACUUUACACCAUCCGGAGGUCAGCUAACUGUUUCAGCUUCCCUGAGGAAGGAUCAGCUCGGGCGUUCUGUGCAUCUUGCUAAUCUAGAGAUCAGGUUAACGCAUACCGGAGCUGGGAUACCUGAGUUUUUACUAAACCAAAUGUUUGGGACUGAGGAAGAUGUGUCAGAAGAAGGAUUGAGCUUAAUGGUUAGCCGGAAACUGGUGAAGCUGAUGAAUGGAGAUGUUCAGUACUUGAGACAAGCUGGGAAAUCAAGUUUCAUUAUCACUGCGGAACUCGCUGCAGCAAACAAGUAGUCCCCAAAAGAAAAGGGGUCUGGCUUGAUAUAAAAUAGUCACUGGUUGUUCUUUGCUUGUAACUUUCCUUAUCGCUUUUGUUUUCGUUUUCAAAUUUCAGUAACGAUGAAAUAUCCAUCCAUUUACAUCUUCUGUUGAACUCUUUUCUGAAGCUGUAAAUAUGGAUGCAUAUCUAAUCUCCUCCUGAGUGUUUUGGUUUCAUGAUGUAUCAUUCAAAAUAAGUAAUAUAGGAGAAAUGAGCUAAUGUUUACGGUCCAUGGUUUAUCAUAAUGGCAGAAACUCAAACAAAU